AUGUCAGCGAUUCCUGCAACGGCCGCGGCCCACGGCCAGCUCUGGCCGAAGGCCUUUGCCACCGGGGCACCUGCCUGGCCAUCUAUGCAUGGAUGUGGUCUUCAGGUGUCGCCAUCGUCACCUCGUCUUGUGCAGAGGCAGACCCACGCCGGCCAGGCAGCUGUUUGUAUGGUACCUCCUGCCGUGGUUCACAUGCCGCAGGCGGUGCGCGGUGCACGCCGGGAAGGAGGACUGGGGCCCAUGCUCACCGCUGUCCCUUCGAGCCCGUUGAUGAAAGGGCAGAGGAUGGUGGCUGCGACUGGGACUGGGUCCGUAUCGGCCCCGGCGGCGGCCGCCAGCUGGACUCCAGCGGCUUCAGCCGCGAAGGUGGCGGCAUACCCGGCCCAGCCGGCACAGCCGGCACAGCAGGUUCUCCCUGCUGCCCAGGGGGCGACGAAUUCGUUCUGCCCACCAAUGCCGGACGCCCCGCAGCUGACUGCGAGAGGCGUCAGCGUGACCCUGCCGAUGAAGCCUUCAUCAGACACUUCCGGUUUCACUCACGCUGGUGCCAGCUUAUCGACUGAGGCGACAGGGCGGACAUGCGAGGAGCAUUCUGCAGCAUCUGGCUGUACACAGCUUGCCACUACCAGCGAUGGCAGUGUUGCUGCAAGUGCUGGUGAUGCGACGGUUGGGGCAUUGCGCUCCGAGAUCGAAGGUCUGCGAGCAGAGUUAGAUGUUUUGCGAGCACUUCUUGACGAAGGCCUGCAGCAGAGACAGGAUGCUGAGCGCUCCCAAAAUGCAUUGAUCUCCAGAGUGGAGCAGCUGUCCAGCGGCAAGCUGCACGCAGAGCAACAGAUGAGAGAGGCACAGACAGAGACGCAUUGGCUCCGCGGUGAACUUGCGCGAUGUCACCGGCAUGCUCGCAGCGAGGCGCAAUCACUGGGACCGCUUGAUGAAGGUCAUCAUCUUGACAACGGUACACCUGAUGUGGCGCAGCCAACACUGCGCCACGCCUCAUGGUCACCUCCAAAGUCGCAAUCAGCAUCGUCACCGCCGAGUCCCGCACGACAUCGUGCCCGAGCGAGUCCAGCUCACAGUGGGGACGUGCAUUGUUCUCUCCCAAGCGGCUCCAGCAUGUCGCGCAGCUCGAGUUACAAGGGCUCCUCGUAUGAACCAGCGCCGCACACAGACGAGGUGGACGAGAUGUGGCGCACUGUGCUGCAGCGCUUCCCCCAACAUCCCCAGUGGUGUCUUGUCAAGGAAAAGCGUUGCGUCUAUCGCAUGGGCAGUCAAACGGGCAAGAAGAUCGUUUGCCGGGUCACACAUGGUGGGCUGCAGGUACGCGUUGGUGGUGGCUGGAUGGCUGCAUUUCCUUUCCUGGAGAGGUACGGCCCUUUGAACAUGGGACAGAAGGGUGAAGACAUGCAGUACAACUGCACGAGCGUGGAUCUGCCCGCAUCCAUGGAACGACUUCUGGUCCCAACGAAGAGCUGGGCACAGAGGAUUGGCAUCAGCAAGACGCCAGAUCUCAGGGAGCAGCGCAGAUUGCAGGUAGAUGCUGAGGAAGAUGCUUCAGAGGCUACCGGGAGACCCCGGUCCAUGUCACAGAAGCGCACGGCUUGGAGUAUGGCUACGGCGCCCGCAGAGUGCUUAGCUUCAAUCCCGCAGGCAGAGGCUCUCGACGACGGCUUGCAGGCACUCCAGCCUCUGCCAUGGCCUGGUCACACGAGGUCCAGGCAGACUGAGGAGUGUCGAAAGCUCUGA